AUGCGUCGUGGACGAAAAGUAGACGAUGAUCCACUUCCCGAGGCGCGCGAGAUGAACCUCAACCGAACCGCUUUUGACUCGUUGCCCUACCCAGAUGGCUCGCUGAAAACUAUCGAAUUCACGCAGUUCUUGACCUUCAACCACGUUUUCAUGGAAGCGGGCCCGUACCUCAACGUUCUGAUUGGACCGAACGGCUCCGGAAAAAGCAGCAUCAUUUGUGGAAUCUGUUUGGCGAUGGGCGGCCGUCCGGAGCUUCUCGGCCGCUCCGAGCGCUUUGCCGACUACAUCAAACAGAAUGCGAGCCGGGGCUUCGUGGAAGUUACAGUCUCUGACAAGUCAAGGCCCAGUGGAGUGACUCGGUUUCGUAUCGUCAUCGAUCGAAGUACUGAGAAGGGAAAGGUUGAGUACUUCAUCGACGGAAAGCAAGCGACUCGUACAGCCGUUGCUCAGGCAGCCCAUGAUUACAAUAUUCAGAUUGAGAAUCCGUGCACAUUCCUCGUUCAGGACAAAGUAAAAAGCUUCGCCGCACAGGAUCCAAAGGAAUUGCUCAUCAAUACACAAAAGGCUGGUGAUUUGACACUUUUGCGGAUGCACGAUGGGUUGAGAGAAGAGAAAGCACGCGAGAAAGAUUUGAAGCUCGGUGUGCAGGAAUAUCAAAGUGCUUUGGAGAAAAUCCAAAAUGAGAUCUUCUCACUUGAGCCAAAGGUCGAAUCGUACAAGAAACAGAAGUCGAUGGUGGGGCGCAUCCAAGGGUUGCGGAGAAAGGCCGCAAUUUUGGCUUUCACAAAAGCGGAAGAAAAGUAUAGAAAGGCGGAGCAGGGAGUAAAUGAACUGAAAGAGAAAGUUGCCAAAGUCAAUGAAGAGCUCGAGACCCACAAAAAGGAAGAGAAGAAGUUGGAAAAAAGUUAUGGCGAGUGCAAGGAGAGGCGUCGUGAACACGAACAACAAAUACGAGAGUCAACGCAGAAGAUGGAGGAGAAUGAGGACCCGCGUUGGUACAAUGUACAAAUGAGGGACAUCACCGACAAGCUGAACCAAGAGAAGGGACGAUUGAGAAGCUGGGAGCAGAAUUUGAACCAGAUGCAAGCCGCGGUUACAAAUGCUAAAGAAGCGCUGGAGAGUGCGCAGAGUGAACGAGACGCUUUGAAGCCUCGUGAAGCUGAAGCUCGACAAAAGCAGCAGGAUCUCCAGCGACUUUUUGCCGAUAUUGGAAGUCGUGAACAACAAUUGGAGAACGCGAUCUUCGAAUCCAAUGCGCAAAGACGAAAAGCCGGUGAGGUACAGGAAAGGAACGAGAAAUUGUUACGCGAACGGCUCAACCAGUUGCCCAACAACGGACAAGCUCGUGAUGCUUACAUGUACUACAAACAGCAUUGCAACGAAUUCAGACGUCCGAUUUAUGUGCCUAUGAUUGAUAUUAAAAUUCGUGGCGGGGACAACGAAUUGACGCUAUUGUCGAACGUGUUGCAGGCUCGUGAUGGAACUACAUUCAUCUUCGGAUGCAAAGAUGAUGAAUUGAAGCUCACCGAACGUUUUUCCAAAAUCAACACUACUGUCGUGGAUAACGCAAUGUUAGACCGCGUGCUUUCAAAGCUGACCAAAUUUGAGAUCCCCGAAGAGGCGCGUCAAAUCGGAAUUUUCGGCACAAUGUUGGACGUGAUUGAGUGUAACGAUGUGAUUCGCGUCUUCUUGGCUCAGGGUUGCUCGUGGACCAAACUUUUGCGGGGUGAGCAGUCAAUCGAUAAAAACUACGCGGAGGCUGCAGAUCUUUUGAAGCAAUGGCAAUCACAAGGUUCCAUCUUCACAAUUCACAAUCAGAUCACAUGGACAGUGUCGCAGUACUCGAGGGAGGUGCUCGUCGAACAGAGACCGUUGUCGUUUGAAAGAAAACGUUUCUACCUGGCCAACUUGAAAGAUUACGAGAAAAUCGACCCGGACCUAGCAAAGAAAUAUGAGACACAACGGCACAACUUUGAGCAGCGCCGACAAGAGUUGCAGCGAGAGAAGAGUGAAAUCACCGCCGAGCGCGCAAAAAUUCACAGCGAUUUGCAAGACUUCUACAAGAAGACCGAAGUAUGUCGUCAUGGCGAAAGAAUUUACAGGGACAAACAGGCAGAACUUGCGGACCACCAAGCAGACAAGCCGAACGUGGAACGCGUUGAAAGAGAUUUCCAGGCACGCAAAAAAAGGACGCUCAACGAGUCACUGCAUCGGGCUGAUCGAGUGUUUGAGGCAAAGCAGUUGCAUUUCCAUGCUUCGCUUCACUACGAAGCGCUGUGUCAGGCAGUUAAUGGCGCUCGAGAUAAACGCUUCGAGCUUGACGGCUUGACUCGAAUUGCUCAGCAGAAAUUCAAUGAAGCGAAGAACGAACUUAAGGACAAAGAGGGACAAAUCAAUCAAGAAACCGCGGAGUACGAGGAAGCCAAGGUCCUCUUAAAGCGACUUGUCAAACUGGAGACGCUAACGAAAAAUAAGUUGAGCAAGGCGGAGCUACUGCAUCUGAAGGAAAUAGAGCGGGACUUCGAAAAAUACAAAAUCCCGAAAGAUGCUGAUGAAGUUGAGCGUUUGAUCGUUGACGAGGAGACACGAAUUCAACUUGUUCAGGGUGGCGGCGUAGGAACAAUUCAUGACCUCACACGUCUCGAGCAAUUGAAGCGACAAAUGGCCCAAAACGAGCUGAGGAAGGCGACCGCCACGGAGACUUUCAAGGAAUACGAGGCAAAGCUCGGCGAAGCGGUUGACAAAUGGUGCGAGCCUUUGGAGGAACUGGUGAAAAAAAUCUCUAAGAACUUCACGGAAUUCUUUGCGCUCAUGGAUUGGCGCGGCGAGGUGUUACUGGAAAAGCCGGAGAAUAAAUUGGACAUUGACAAGUACGGCAUCGCAAUUCAUGUGGCGUUCCGGGAAACUGAGCGACUUCGGCGUCUAGAUGAUAAGACUCAAUCCGGUGGUGAGCGCUCAGUAGCGACGAUGCUUUAUCUACUCUCGUUGCAAGAACUCUGUCCAGUGCCUUUUCGCUGCGUGGAUGAGAUUAAUCAAGGAAUGGAUCCAAGAAACGAGCGCAAAGUCUUCUCGCUGAUCGUCGACACACUGGCCAGCGAAAGUCGUAAUUUGGCAAAAACACAAUAUUUCUUAUUGACUCCUAAACUCUUGCGUGGGCUGAAAUAUGGUGAGAAGGUGGCCGUGCAUCUCGUCCACAACAGCCCAACAUUGCCACGUGAUAUCAUGGAAUGGGAACAUUCCGCCUUCAUCCCGAUCCAUGCCCCUACUUCAACGAUCAGCAGAAUAAUGCCAUGUCUUCAUCCACGUGAUGUCUUCCAUAUUGAAUGCCCUCGUGAAAUCGUAAUGAGUUUACUAGUUGGCUAUGCUGCGAUAAAAACGAUUGUCGUUCUGAAAGCCUCAACUUCAUCUCUGAGCAAGAGCACGAUUCAAGCUCAACAACACUACAUUCGAGCACUUAUUUUACAAUGCACUCCGAUCCUGUCUGUGUACUUGGUGCCUUUAGCAAGCGCAAUUAUUUGCAGUCCUCGAUUUUUGGGAGUGAAAAGUCCAAUUUUAAAAUCGGUGAUGGUGGCAAUUUUCUCAGAACACUCUACAGUGAAUGUGAUCGCGAUGUGCUGGACAGUCAAACCCUAUCGAAAUGUGAUCGAUAUCGAUAUCGAUAAAUAUGCUCAAAUAUAUUAUGUCAAAAUCGCACUU